CUUGGAGUCGGUGACGGAGCAACACGACUCUGCCGACUGAAUUCAAUUUUGAAAUUCAGUAGGAUGCUCUGACUUGUUUGAGCUCAGGAUGCAUCAACAGCCAUAGAUCUACGCUCGUGAGGCAGAGAUGAGUCUGACGUCCUGGUUCCUGGUGAGCGGCGGGGGGACACGUCAUCGUCUCCCCAGGGAGAUGAUCUUCGUGGGGAGAGAUGACUGCGAACUCAUGCUGCAGUCCCGCAGUGUGGACAAGCAGCAUGCUGUCAUCAACUACGAGCCAAACACAGACGAACACAAGGUCAAGGACCUGGGCAGCUUGAAUGGGACAUUUGUCAAUGAUGUCCGAAUACAGGAGCAAAUCUACGUCACGCUGACAAUCGACGACAAACUGAGGUUUGGAUACGAUACCAACCUGUUCACCGUGGUGCGAGGAGAGCUGCAUAUUCCCGAGGAGGCCCUCAAGCAUGAGAAACUCAGCAGCCAGCUUCAGCUCAACAAACGGAAGCCUCCGGAAGCAGGAGCGACUAAACCAGAGGUCAGACCACCUGCAGAGGCAGCGGUGUGUGAGGCGGCCACCGCGAAACCCACUGAGGCCGGCAGAGCUGAGGACAAGACAGCAGUGGAUAUAGCGCUGUUGCACAGGGGCACCCCCCUCUAUGGUCAGCCUGCGUGGUGGGGAGAUGGAGGCGCUGACCACCAGCACCCAGGGAGGCCAGAGGAGAAGAACUCAGACCGCAGGAGAGAAAAACCUGAAACAGGUGAGUUCCCAAACUCUGCUGUACAAGGAACCUCCAGUCAGGAGCCGAGCUACUUUGAGAUCCCAACCAAGGAUAAUACCUCAGCGAGUAAAGUAAGCAGUGAGGCGCCAACACGAGAACAAGAGGCUGGUUCUUCUGCGGCGGCAGAGGCUGCUCAUGGCCACGCCUCCUUCACAAUUGAGUUUGACCCCGGGGCGUCGAGCAAAGGCUCCGUCAAAGACCGAAUGGCGAAAGUGGGGCCAGAGACCAGGCCACGUCCUAAACGACCUGUGGGGGAGGAGCUGAGCCCACUGCAGACGGCCAUGGUCGCGGCCGAGGUCAAAGUCGCCGAUUGGUUGGCCCAAAACGAGCUGCCACUGGCUCUUAAAGAGACGGUUGCCGAGGACGACGGGGAAAGUGUGAAGAGUGAUGUUCCUGUACAACUGAAGAGUCUUAAAGGAAGUAAACACGAGGAUGGCACACAGAGUGAUUCGGAGAAUGCGCUUGGAGAGCAACGCAGGGCCACGGCACUUGAUGAGCACGCGUGGGGCCUUUGGGGCGGCGCGGGGAUGAAGAUCAGAGAGGGUCGUGCCAACGUACCCGAGGGGCUCUUUGCAGAGGAGGACAGCCCUGCGCGUCGACGCAAAACGAACACUUCCAAGGUGGCAAGUGGAUUUGUGGAAACGCGACGUGGCUCUGCUCCGCACCAGCAGAGUGGCCGUGAGGAGAGCCAUCUCCACAGAGACGAUUACAGUGACAGAGGGACCUAUACCAUAGAGCUGGAGAACGGAGACAAUGAGGAGGAAGAGGCCAGGAAAAUGAUCGACAAGGUGUUUGGUGUGGAUGAGCAGGAGGGUGUGUGUGUGUCGAGGUUAGCAGGUCCUGACCAAAGAGAGGGAUUCACCUCUCAGAGGUCUGGAGCAGGAGACAGAGGAAAAGCUGGACACAUUGAGACAGAGGUACUGGCUGAUGAGCUGCAGGUGGGGGGCCCGCGCUGGGUCUCGCAGUGGGCUACUCUGGCUGCCAGUCACAUCAGGACAGACCCUGAGGGGUCAGGAGGGGAGAGUCACAUGAUGGUGGCAGAGGACAGAGCUGAAAUAAGUGAGUCCAGACACUCAUCCUCCUUGGCCUCCUCAGGCUACAUAGAGCGUAAGAGGAGAACCUUACCUCAGCUGCCUGGUGAGGAGCUCAGCCUGGGAAGGAGGACUCCAGGCUCGGGCCUGCGCACAGACAUGGGCGAGAAACAGGACACUGAGCUGCAGGAGAAAGAGACCAAGGAAGAGAAGAUGGUGAGGGGGAAAGAUAGGCCUGGACAUGCUACAGGAGGUAUGAGCAGUCAUGGUGGGAGCCCACAUCGCUCCUCACCAGCCAAGUCACAGGACAGUGGUGGUGGGAGAUCGAGUCAGUCAGGUGUGCUGACCAAGCUUCCCCCUCGUCCCCUGACCAGCGGAGAGAGGAGAAUGGACGAGGCACGGAGGAGGAAAAAGGAAGACGAGAAGGUCAGGGAAAGUGGUGGGAAACCGUUGUUGAGGCAGGAGAGUUUUACUGUGGAAAAGCCAAGUUCCAACGUGCCCAUUGAGCUAAUACCACGUAUUGAUGGCUUGACAGGCAGCAGAAGUCAGAGUAGGGAGACUGGCAUUGACAGUGUCAUACUGCAGAAGGACUCUGAGGCUGUGCAAGCCUUUUUAGAGACCACAGUUUCAGAUCAAGGUGAUCCACCCAGUCAGUCCAUCGAAGGAUCAAUGUCUCCCGAGUCAGACGUGGACACAACAAGUACAGUAAGUCAGGCCGAUGGCGCAAGGAAAGUUGUCCAGAGACGCAGGAACCUCGCAGGACAGCACAAGGAGAAAACAGUGCUGUGCUCCUCCGGCAAGGGGCCUACUGGGGCCAGAGAGACCCAAGAAAGAAAGUCUAAGACCAGAACUUCUGUUCCUCCACCACCCAGCCGCCUCUGGACUUCUCUGGAUCUCACUGAUGAUGACGUCAACUCCAACUCACUCCUUUCAGACUCACAGCCCACCUCCACACAGGGCUCUAGAAGCUCACACACCAGAGCCCAAACAGUGGGCGCAAGCACAAAGUCGAGUCGAGCUAAGAUCACCCAGGCUCCUGCCUCUUCUGCAACCAGUAAAACUGCCAUUGCCCCCAAGCCCAGGCCCACCAGGGCAUCCCUGCUGAGACGAGCCCGCCUGGGGGAGUCAUCAGACACCGAACCUGCUGAUCUCGACAGGAUGUCAGUAGCAUCGGAGGCCUCCACAGCGAGUUCCACAUCCAGGACUGGGAUGGCAAGAAGGGGGAUGUCCAGGAUAGAGGCCUUGGCACAGCCGAGGAGGCCGAGGGUCGGCUCCCCAUCAGCACAGAGUGACUCAGAGGCAACUGUGACAAGGAGUAGAGGUCUGGGGGCCCGGAGUGUGGCAGGAGAUUUUGCUAUCAGACAAGGACUGAGAGGAUCCAAUGCAGGUUCAGUGUCUGGACAAAGAGCCAGAGCGAACAGCGCCUCCAAGCUGCCUGACAAGAGUAAAGGCAGCUCCACAUAUGGACAUGUCACUUCUGCGUCUGGAACUCGAUGGCGGCGUGUCCCUGUAGACUAUGCCUCCACCUCAGAGGACGAGUAUGGCUCUAACCGCCACAUGUCCAAGCAGGGCCACACACAGCCGUUUCUGUCCACUCGAGUUGCCCAGCUGGGAGGUUCCACUCCGGCAACUCCUCAUCCUGCCGGCCUGACGCCCCUGAAGCAGCAGUCCAGGGAACAGGACGAGUAUAUGAGAGACUGGACGGCACACAGUGAGGAAAUAGCCAGGAUUAGUCAAGACCUUGCCAAAGACCUCGCCAUGCUCGCCAGAGAAAUCCAUGAUGUGGCAGGAGAGAUCGACUCCGUCAGCCCUGCAGCCACCGAUCCUGGAGUUUUGUUGGAGGAGACUGUGUUUGAUUAUCCAGGCGGUCCGUCCACAGAGGACAGCAACAUUCUGGGAUCAAACGGGCGCUCUGUGGAGCUCCGGCCCCAAGGUUCCCGUGGGCGCGGCUCCCGCUCCAUCCGCCGCCAGACAUGGAACAGAGAAGAUGCGGUGUUAGACAGUUUACUGUUGGCGUCUGUGACUCAACUGUCAACCAGGAUACGUCAGUCUGUUGACAAAACAGCCUCCAAAAUCAGGAUCCUCUUUAAGGAUAGAGAAUGGAAAUGGGAAGAGAUUGAGAUCAAACUACAGGCAGAGCACGACUCCUUACUACUCAAGAGCUCCAACAAGGAGAUUUCAACCGUUCUUCAAGACCUGAAGAGAGUGGAAAGACAACUGCUAGUCAUCGACACAAUGGUGGAUCCGGACGGCACCUUGGAUGCCCUGUCCAUCCUGGGCAUCACCAGUCCUCUGGCUGACCACAAGCUCAGCCUCGGGACUCAGCAGGCAGCUUUAGUGUCUGAAGCCUCCACCUGCACCUUCUCAGCCUCCAGACCUGAGGGACUGACCUCUGAACCCUGUGGACUGUCAGGCCAGGCAGAGGUGUCAGAGCGAGACUCUGGGCUUCAACACAGCUCCAUAACUAACAACUGACACAGUGUGGACAUAAAUCAGAAUACAUCCUUUAUUUAUUUAAGACAUACCCCGAAGCCCUUGGAGCAGACCUUGAUAUGAGGUUUUUAGGAUUUGAUUUAGGUGGAGAUGAAGGGAGGUGGUGCCUAUCCUGUGGUAAAGACUGACUGUCCUGUCUGUCAGUUAAACUGAAUCGUGGUGGGACCGUUACAGUCCUCACUCUGAAUUUAUAUAUUAAAACAGUAUUAAUUGGUGAGUUCAUGAAGAAACUAUGACAUAACAUACAGUAACCCAUGCGUUUUUUAAUUUAAUCUUCAGCUCAUCCUGAUUAUUCAUUUAAGAGAUGGACAGAUGUGGUGUACGGAAGAGUAUUAGGUCACAGUAAAUAAGUCCGAAUUCUGACUUUCUUUAAUGUCAGAGAAAUUCUGACUUUAAUCUCAGAAUUCAUGCUGUUAUUUAUUUAUUUUACCAGAAAAGAGAAAUUUCUCUGACAAGAAAAUCAGACUUAUUUACUGUGACCUAAUACUCUUCCGUACUUAUUUUUGGUAAGAUAAGAAUGGAAAGAAAGAAAAAGUAAAUAAAACAGCAUCAAUUCUGAGAUGAAAGUCAUAAUUCUGAGAUGAAAGAAAAUCAGAAUUCUGAGAAAAAAAAGUCUGAAAUCUGACCUCCUUUAACGUCAGAAAAAUUUUGACUUUAAUAUCAGAAUUCUUUUUUCUGGUAAAAAAAAAAAGUCAUACUUCUGAGAUUUAAGAAAGAAUUAAGACUUUAAUCUCAGAAUUCAUGCUGGGGUUUUUUCCCCUUUCUUUAUUUAAUUUUUUAAAUGUGGCCCACAUGCUUUUCCAUAGAUGUGAAAGAUGACAGGGAGGUAAUAUUAAAAAUCAAUUUUCCAAACUCAAUCUUAUCUCCAACUCUUAAAAAAGGAUCUUGCAGUUUACACACAGAACUUCAAAUAUUUAAAUACAAAUCACAGUCCUAAGACUAAUAUGAAGGUCCAAACCAGAAAUGUGCAAUUGUGUCAAAAGGAUAUAUCAGAGGUGUAUAUGUGUGUGAAGUGUUUUUUUUGUUUUUUGUUUUUUAUUUAUCUUUCCAUAGAAUUAUUUAUAUAAUAUAUAUAUAUAUUGUUGGCCUGCUGCAGUUGCAAUCCCCAAACAGAGCCCAGUAAUGAUUUUCCUCCAGAAAAGGCCAUGUGCUUUUUUGAUAGGGAAAAGAACUGGGUAUGUACAGUAUGUACUUGUUUAAAUGUUUAUUAUAGCUUAAAAAAAAAUCCCAUUCAUGCCUUUUUUCCCUUUUUGGUGACGUCAUUUGAGACCAGUGUAUCAAAGAUAGACCCUGUGAUAUCAAAUGUAGCUUCCAAAUGUAUUUUGUCACAAGUGCCCUGGAUCAAACAAUCAUUAUGGGAUGCCACAGUGUAUAGGAGUUGGAGGUACAGGUGAAACUUUGCACAUUACAAAGUGGAAAUGAUGUUAACACUCAUCUCUGAGGGACCAGGACACGCUGUUCCCGUGAUGCUCCUUUCCCCCAUUUUUGUCCUCAACCAAAAACAAAACAGGGUGUAAAGCCAACUGUCUGUUGAUAAAUGGUUCGUCAGUUUACUUUUUACAAAAUGUUGUGUUUGAACCAGCAUAGACAGGGGCUUCCUUUUAAGUCCUGCGGCUGCAUUUAACCACUAUAGCGAUGCAAUGGUAGGAAGCACGGUGUUAUGACUCCCUAAUGUCUUGCCUCAUACCAGUGUUUACACAUGAAUGUAAUCUGAUCAGAACUGUUGAAGUCAUUUUAGCCAAAAGAAAUUUAAUAGAGACGAAUAACUGCAUUUUUGUGCUCGGCACCUACUUUACGUUCUCUUUAGGUCUGUGCAAGGAUUUGGAGAAGUUGACUUAUUUUGUCUGUUUUGUAUGAACUUUUUUGUUUUUACAUUAUUACUUUGUAAUGAUGUUAGGUUCAAUGUUGACCUCGCAAUACCUGUGUCUCAUUUCCAAUAAAACGCAUGAUAAUCCUGUGCCUUUUUAA